AUGAUCUUCAUCAUUACAAUCUUGUUGCUGGCCGCCGACUUUUACUACCUCAAGAACAUUGCGGGCCGGCGGCUGGUCGGCCUGCGGUGGUGGAACGAGGUCGACCCUUCGACGGGCGAGUCGCAGUGGGUGUUUGAGAGCCUGGAGCCGGGCACGCGGCAGAUCAACGCGACGGACAGCCGCUUCUUCUGGCUGGCGCUGUACGUGCAGCCGGUGUGGUGGGUUCUCAUGGCGAUCUUGGCGAUUAUACGGCUGCAGUUUUUGUGGCUGCCUCUUGUUGCGAUUGCGUUGGCUCUUACCAUCAUCAAUACGCUGGCGUUUUCUCGGUGCGACAAGUUUAGCCAGGCAUCGGAUUUCGCUGGUGGUGCCUUUGGAUCGGGCAAUCUGGCGGGCAGCAUUGCGAGCAACUUUGUCAGCCGCAUGUUCAGGUCGUAA